GGUUCCUCCUUCCCGAAAGGUUACGGUACGGUACCAAUCCUGCACCAUGCCUUGCGGGUUACGGGGAAGGAGAAAGAAGAAGCAGAAGAAACCCGUAGUCUACCCAAAUCAUUACGGUACCGCUAUUCGUACUCUUGGCAAAAUUUCAAACCGGACCGCACGCACCAAGGGGACUCAGCAGUCACGCCUAUUUCUUCCACUACCCCCCCGCCAAACCAUUUGCGCUGUAAACAUUCGGUCGGGGUGGAAGAAGGGGUGAAAAUUUAAUAAAAACAAAACAAAACAGAGCAGGGCAAAACAAGAGUGAGCAAUUGAGCUCUAUUGAAAAGAUAAGAAAAGCAAAAUUCAAAAAAAAUAAAGUAAAUAAUCUUGAGACACCCAAAACAGAGGUACGUUAUUUCCAUUUCUGGAUAUUUUUUUUUCUUUAUGGUCAGGGUUUACGCCAUGGAAUUUCUCUACACGCCUGCCCCUCCAUCCCCCGCUAUUUCCCACAUCCCCCACCGCUGCGGCACCACAACCAAAACACCAAAACUAACUGAGCAGAGGGAAGACCGCAAAAAUGUCCAAUCCCAGGAUCGAAGACGUAACGGAGGAAGAGAUCAGACAAGCCGGAGUCGAAGACGUCGACUCUAGUGAUGACUCCGAAGCCGGGGACCUCAUCGGGGGUGGGGGAGGAGAGGCGGGUGAUGCUAGCGGUAUCCCAGCUGGAAGCAGCGUCGCGGUGCACAGCAGGAACGAGAAGAAGGCCCGCAAGCAGAUUGCAAAAUUGGGCUUGAAGCACGUCCCGGGUAUUACUAGGGUUACCUUAAGGCGUCCAAAGAAUGUAUGCACAGUAUUUGGGACCCGUGCUGGGGGGGGGGGGGGCUGCCGGAGCGGAUGACUAGGCGGGUAGUGCUAACAUUUUCAUGGACAGAUUCUGUUUGUAAUCAAUCAGCCGGACGUGUACAAGUCCCCCUCCAGCAACACUUGGAUGUAGGUCUCUCUCCUCUUUGGCUCGGUCGGAGGUGCUGAUGCUCAGUAGCAUCUUCGGCGAGGCAAAAAUUGAAGACUUGAAUUCCCAAGCCCAGGCCAACGCUGCGCAGCAACUCCAGAAGCAUGAGAGUGCUGCUAACAUCGAGGCGGACUUUGCAGCCGCUGCGGCAGGUGGCCCCGGCGCACGGGAUAAAGGUAAGGAUGCCCAGGCUCUCAAGAAGAAGGAGGAGGAAGAGGAAGAGGACGGUGAGGAGGUCGAUGAGGAAGGGCUGGAGAAUAAGGACAUUGAACUUGUUAUGGCGCAGGUAAGCUUCCUCCCUAUCGCAGUUGCACGUGCCUGCCACGGGAGCUUCAGCGCUGACAAAAUAUUCAGGCUACCGUUUCCAGGAAGAGAGCUGUCAAAGCGCUCAAGGAGAACGACAACGAUAUCGUCAAUUCCAUCAUGGCUCUCAGCGUUUAGUUCAGUUAGUUUGGGGAAAAAACGGGGGGUAUUCUUGUUUUUCAAGGUUUUUUUGUUUCCAAUAAAAUAGGGGUCAGAUGAAUAUUGGUUGUUCAUUU